AUGAGUUGCCAAUCUUUCACUUCGGCUGAUACAUUUAUACCUCUGAAUUCUGACGCUUCUGCAACUCUGCCUCUGAUAAUGCAUCACAGUGCCGCUGAGUGUCUCCCAGUCUCCAACCAUGCCACCAACGUGAUGUCUACAGUCCCGUCUAUUUUGUCUUUGAUCCAAACUCCUAAAUGUUUGCACACGUAUUUCUCGGUGACAACUAUGGGAAAUACAGCGACAGGACUUCAUUAUUCUGUGCCUUCCUGUCAUUAUGGAAACCAGCCAUCCACCUAUGGAGUGAUGGCAGGUAGUUUAACCCCUUGUCUUUACAAGUUCCCAGAUCACACUCUGACUCAUGGGUUCCCUGCCCUGCACCAGCCUCUCCUGGCUGAGGACCCCACAACCUCUGAAUUCAAGCAGGAACUCAGGCGGAAAAGUAAAUUGGUUGAAGAGCCAAUAGACAUGGAUUCGCCAGAAAUCCGAGAACUUGAGCAAUUUGCCAACGAGUUUAAAGUGAGAAGAAUUAAAUUAGGAUACACCCAGACAAACGUGGGCGAAGCUCUGGCAGCUGUGCAUGGCUCAGAAUUCAGCCAAACAACCAUCUGCCGAUUUGAAAACUUGCAGCUCAGUUUCAAAAAUGCAUGUAAACUGAAAGCAAUAUUAUCCAAGUGGCUGGAGGAAGCCGAGCAAGUCGGAGCUUUGUACAAUGAAAAAGUGGGAGCGAAUGAGAGGAAAAGGAAGCGGAGAACAACUAUCAGUAUUGCCGCUAAGGAUGCCCUGGAGAGGCACUUCGGACAGCAGAGCAAGCCUUCCUCUCAGGACAUCAUGCGGAUGGCUGAAGAACUUAACCUUGAGAAAGAAGUAGUCAGAGUCUGGUUUUGCAACCGAAGGCAGCGAGAGAAACGGGUGAAAACCAGUCUGAACCAAAGUCUCUUCUCGAUUUCGAAGGAGCAUCUCGAGUGCAGAUAAGACUUGCCUGUGGUGGCCGUUUACGUGUUUUCCACUCCUCUCAGUUUGCAGGCAAAAUCAGGAGUUACUCACGCGCUUAGCUUCAAACACUAGAUUAAAUCAGUAACUUCGGCAGUUUUUUAAAGACUCAAUGACUUAAGCUGAGAUAUUUAAUUGUUCUUAGAAUUCAGUGUUUAUUUGCAUCCUCCCAUCCCCAGGACCUCAUCUAUUCUGCCUCUUCAUGUAACACACACAACUAUGGGGUGGGACAGCAUAUAUGUAUCUUAGCUUUAGUGUAAAAUUUCCCUUUGUAAGUCAAUUUAUUUUGUUUUAAAUUUUUAACAAGUAAGGACAAAUAUUUAUAGAAUAUCAACCAUGGAAAGUACACAUUGAGAAUGUAUCGACAUGCUUGGAGAGCUGGCUCAGUGGUUAAGAGCGAUUGUUGGUUUCCCAGAGAGCCGGGGUUAGACACCGUUUCCACAGGAGUCCAAUAGCUCUUCUAGCCUUCAUGGGCACCAGGCAUGUACGAACACACACGUAGGCAAAAAUCCCACACACACAAAGUAAAAAUAAAUUUAAAAAUGAAAAAGUAUGUUGGUUUUUAUUAGGUAUUCCACUAACCCUAAAGAUUUCUUGAGUAAAUUUUGAAGAGCAAGAGGUGACUAAGAAUUUUACCAUUGCCUUCAAAAAUAAUCUUCAGUUAGAACCCACUGAUACCUUUGAAGUUAUCAUGUAGGACUGGUUCCUAAACAAACGUCAUUUUGAAAGAUUUGAAGGAACACUGAGGCAUGAUGUCUAUAUUCUUUCAUAAACAUUAACUUUAUUCUGUUCUGCUCCGGAAAAUGUAAAAGCUGGGAGCUUAAGCCCAGUGACAGAGUAAUCCCAGUAUGUUUCAGAUACUGGGAUCAGUCCUGAUAACAACUGAAAUUGGAAAACAAAAAUAUAUUUAGUGACUCCCGACCUCUGUCUUUUGUCUGUAAUCUCUAACGGGGCAAGAAUACCCAUGUCAUUUACUGUUAUUUCCCCGGUGACAAGAAAAGUGCUGGCUUAUACCAGGUAUCUCUAAACUGGGCUAAAGGGAUGGGAUGUAUAAUGAAAGGCUACAAAUAUGAAGGGUGCCAGCCAACUUGAAAAAUGUUAUUUCUGAAGUCUCAGUGUGGAAACGCACUUAAGGUCCUUUAACAAUGUGUCAAUUUUGGUGUCAAUGGUUACAACAUGCUUUAUUAUUAGUAAAAGUUGGAAAUAUUGACUUUUCAAUUCUCAGGAUUAUAACAAGGAGGAUAUUUGUCGAUUCAGAAACUUGUAAGUAGAAGCAACUAAUGUGGUACAAAUCUAGACUAGCCACUGUGGUGUUUUGAAUGUCAGUCCUCUGGCAAUAAAAUCUAAUCUAUUCUGUGUAACAGGAGUGAACUUAGGUGAGAAUUUAAUGGUUAAGCAUACUAGCCAAAUAAAUUAUACCAUCCAAUGUCA